AUGAGCCAAAAUAGGCGCUUCAUCGUCUCUCUUUUUCAAGAGGAGAGGAGAGUUACACGUAAAGGAAUGAUUGGCCUGAGAAAUGGCAGGACUUUAGAUCCAAGCCUCCAAGAUUCAGACACCCUCUAUGUCCACUUCCAGGACUGGCUUCCAAAGAUAUCCUGGUGGAGGAUUUUUCAGAUUCUAGAUGCAACAAGUAAGGAUAGAUGGGGUUCUUCAAACUUCAACUCAGGUGCGAACUCUCCAUUGUCUACAAAGACCCGGAGCACAUCUAAGAGUGGGAAGAACUUCCAUUACAUCACCAUCCUCAGAGACCCAGUGUCCCGGUACUUGAGCGAAUGGAGGCACGUCCAAAGAGGAGCCACAUGGAAAGCAUCCCUGCACGUCUGUGAUGGAAGACCCCCAACCUCUGAAGAAUUGCCCAGCUGCUACACUGGUGAUGACUGGUCUGGAUGCCCUCUCAAAGAGUUCAUGGACUGCCCCUAUAAUCUGGCCAACAACCGCCAAGUACGAAUGCUGUCUGACCUGACUCUGGUGGGCUGCUACAACCUCUCUGUCAUGCCGGAAAAGCAAAGAAACAAGGUCCUUCUGGAAAGUGCUAAAUCCAAUCUGAAGCAUAUGGCGUUCUUUGGCCUCACCGAGUUUCAGCGUAAGACCCAGUACCUGUUUGAGAAGACCUUCAACAUGAACUUUAUUUCGCCGUUUACCCAAUAUAAUACCACUAGGGCCUCUAGUGUAGAGAUCAAUGAGGAGAUCCAAAAGCGUAUUGAGGGGCUGAAUUUUCUGGAUAUGGAGUUGUACAGCUAUGCGAAAGACCUCUUUCUGCAAAGGUAUCAGUUCAUGAGGCAGAAAGAGCAUCAGGAUGCCAGGCGGAAGCGUCAGGAGCAACGCAAGUUUCUGAAGGGAAGGUUUCUUCAGACCCAUUUCCAGAGUCAGAGUCAGGGCCAGGGCCAGAGUCCAGGUCAGAAUCUGAGUCAGAAUCCAAAUCCCAACCCAAAUCAGAACCUGACUCAGAACCUGAGUCAGAAUCUGACUCGGAGUUCAAAGCCUAAUUUGAGCCAGAAGGAGAACCAGGGAAGUCAGAAGCAGAGCUUGGGCCAGGAGCAGAGGGAUAGCAGCACCAGCAAUGGCACCAAUGACUACAUAGGCAGUGUAGAGACAUGGCGCUAACUGGCUCCGUAAAGCUUGUGCACACUGCUUCCCAAAGCACCACCAAAAAGAUGGCGUGUAUAUUACGAGAUGAAAAUGUCCAAACACAUCCUGCUUCCCCUUAUUUUGGAAGUUCAAAACAAAUAUAGAUGUUGCCUUUACAGUUGCCUUUUGAUUCAGUGUUACACUGUGUGUGGGUAAAACAAAUCUCAGUGUGUAAUUAAAUUGUCUUUUUUGGGGAUGAACUAUUUCUGAAAUCCAAGAGCCAAACCAGACUCACCAGAAACUGCAGUUUAGAUAUUUUAAGAAGUUCUUAAAUUAGGUAUGGAGACACAAAGAAAACAUGAAAUGUGGCCAUUUAAACUUUAAGAAACAGACUUUAAAUGAUUCCGGAUACUCUGUUAAAACCCAAUCUUGAAAGAAAAACCCCCACCCCCAGGGAAGCAUAAGUAAAAACAUGAGCAGACUAAGAGAUGCUCAAAAACCUUUAAUUUCAUUCUUAUUUUAACAAGGAGUCUAAACAGCAAAACAACUGGUGAUAAAUUUUGCCAAAGUGUAGAAAGUAAACCGUUUCUCACUUACAUGUAGGUGGGUUUAUGUAAAAAUAAUGGCUUUUCAAAUAGAUCAGGAUUCAUGUCUUGUAAUUUAACAGAUGUUUAAAAUUUUAAAAUUUUCUACCUUCUGCUGAUUAAAAGGUUUUAAACAGGGUAUAUCUCAUAUUAACAAAGCAUUUUCUUUCCAAAUGGAAUACCAAUGGAAAGAUCCAGUUUCCAGAUGGUUUCGGGGCACUGUAAUUUCAACAAUUUCAAUCUUUUUGGCGCUGCUUUUCAUUCACUUUAAGGCUUCUCUGAGUUGUGCUCAUUCCAAAUGAAUCCAUGUAUAGAAUUUUUCUUCAUUAGCUAAAUUGUGUGUUGCUGAAUCUCUUUUGUUAUUUAAUCCUGGAUUAAAGUCAGGACUUUCUAUAGACUUAUCUUAUCAAUGUCCGUGUAGUGAGGUCCGUAACAAGAACUCUCAAACAGGAUAACGUCUUUAAAUAUUGCUGAAGUUAUUAUUCUUGAUCAGAUUGAAUUGAACCUGAAUGUGAACUGUUAAUUAUUUUGUUUAUUGUAAUGUUUCCAGUGUGACUGACUAUUUCUGGCCCAUGGUUCCUUUUUUGUAUUGACAGAUUUGUACACAAUAAUAAGAGCAAUUUUUUUCCCUCAAAGACCAUGGUAGAGUAAGCAUUAAGACAUCCAGAGUUGCUCAGUAACGCCAAAAGCUGCCUCUUGAUACUUGAGGUUAACAUCUCUGCCAGGUUUUUGUUUAUGAAAGAUCGAAAGUGAAGAAAGUUCUGCUGUGAACCUAAGUGUCGGGGACAUACAAGUUGAGGAGAAUAGUUUGGUAGUCUAAGUCUGUAAUAAAUAGUAUUUUGUUUACUACAAAGUAAACAGAGGAAGAAGUAUGUACCCACUGUAUUAUUAAACAUCAUUCUGCUUGGCUGUGUCCACUUAGUGGUUGUUGCUACACUUCUUCUAUAAAACUUGUAUUAAUCCCUUGGUGUCAAUCAAACAAGGUGACUAGAAGUGGUAUUUAUGUUUUUAAAAGGGACAUUCUUGGAAAUGUGAUUAUAGAGUCAAAUAUUUCAUCACUUGUCCUUGUUUCAUCUGUAACAAUAUGGUCACAAGUUAGACACGGAGUUGAGUGUCUGGCUCGAAAGGGAUUUUCUUGACUCUGAGUUCUGUAACAGUAUUUACAGGUUUUGUUUUGUAGCAUUGCAGUGUUGAGAAUUAUGGUAUCUAAAAAAAACGCAACAAAAAACUGGAAGGAAUUUUGAAAAGCACAUCUUGAAGUCAGUGUUUUAGAACGAACCUAUUUGGUGUAUGUUGUGUUCUUGAAGUAUUCUGUAGAUCACUAUGGCAUUUCAGUCUCUUUAUUUGUAAUUGAAAAUGUUUGCUCUUAAAACUGACAGUGUUGGAAAGCAGGACAGAGUCUGAACCAGUGCGAAAGCUAGUUACAGAAAAAAAAAUGUGUUAUUGCUGUGGUGUGCAUGGUUUGCAGAGAUUAAGUGCAUUUUCUCUGUCUCUACUGAUUACUGUAUAUAGAGAAUGUUAUAAAUAUACGUUUUUGUCAUCAUCAUGUAAAUCCCACGAUUUCAAACUGUAAACAUCUGUUCAGUGGUGUAGCUUUACAAACCAUUCACUGAUUUUGUGUAAUUUAACAAUAGAUGUGAAAUAAAGUUUCA